CAGCGGAGCGCGCGGCGGGAAAUUAGUUCCCAGAGCCCGGAUUAGUGAAGGGGAAAUGCCGCCGCGGCCCUAAGCCGUCGCCCUCCGCCGCCCAGGACCGCCGGGGACAGCAGCCCGGGCGCUCCCCACCGGGGAAGAUGGAAGAUGGUCCUCCAAAGCACAUCAUCCAAAUGACAGGCUUUAAGAUGGAAGAAAAGGAAGCUCUAGGCAAAUUACUUUUAAAACUAGAUUGCACUUUUAUUAAGAGUGAGAAAUACAAAAACUGUACACAUCUUAUAGCCGAGCGCCUGUGUAGAAGUGAAAAAUUUUUAGCAGCUUGUGCAGCAGGAAAGUGGGUACUCACUAAGGACUACAUAAUUCAUAGUGCCAAAAGUGGCAGAUGGCUUGAUGAAACAACUUAUGAAUGGGGAUAUAAAAUUGAAAAAGACUCCCAUUAUUCGCCUCAAAUGCAAUCUGCACCUAAAAGAUGGCGUGAAGAGCUAAAACGUACUGGUGCUCCAGGAGCCUUUCACAGAUGGAAAGUUGUCCUCCUUGUUAGAGCUGAUAAACGAAGUGAUUCUCUUGUAAGAGUUUUGGAGGCUGGAAAGGCAAAUGUUAUUUUACCCAAAAGUUCACCAAGUGGAAUAACUCAUGUGAUUGCAAGUAACGCAAGAAUCAAUGCUGAGAAAGAAAAGGAUACCUUUAAGGCUCCUUUUUAUCCAAUUCAGUAUUUAGGGGAUUUUCUUUUAGAGAAAGAAAUUCAGAAUGAAGAAUUCCAAGCUAGUUCUGGUUGGGCCAAACACAGAAAUCAAGAAAAAAACAAAUAUUUCAGGAAAGAUUCUGGAAUUCUUAAGAUGAAAGGUGCUGUAAGAGAGACCAUGUAUAGAACCCAGAAAGAAAUGAAAAAUCAUGAUGAAGAUGUUAACAGUAGAUUUAUUUUGAGUGAACAUCACAAAAAAGAAAAAUUCAGAGAUUCCAGUAAAGAUGUGAAAUUUGUUAAAAUGAGAAAUACUUUCAGAAGACAUACAUAUGGAAAUCAGAAGGAAACUAAGAAAAAAGAUAAAGAUAUUCAAAGGAGUUAUACGUUGAGGAAAAAACGCAGAAAAGAAAGUGAUUGCAAGAAUAAUGAUGAACAUGCCACUAUUAAAAAUACUUUAAGAAAACACAUAUAUUACAGAGAUCAGAAAGAAGUGAAGAAUUCAAUUCUUACUGAUUAUGCCAAAGAAUCAAAAACUAAGGAUAUCAGGACAAAUGUGGAUAUCACCGAAAAAAAAAAUACUUUAAGGAAGCAUAUAUAUAGAGAUAUAUACAGAGCUCAGGCUAUCAGAUACAACUGCAUAAGAAGAGAUAAGCAACCAGUAUACACCACAGAGGUUAAAAAUGCUGAAUGUCCCAGAGGAGUAUUAAAUUUAAUUGAAAGCCUUAUAGAAGGACAGUUUUUUAAAGAAGCAAUUGAAGAACUUUCCUCUUUGCAAGCACAUUAUGUUCCUCCUGUAUGCCUUCUCCAUGCUCUUCUGGAAAAUGUUCUCCAGGAUAACAUAGAUACGUUUUCUGGUCGCUACUUUCAUAUAUUGUCAGCUCUUCUUCAUUUGCAUCCUCCCUGGAAGUCACCAGCCAUGUCAGGAUAUUAUUUAGAACUUUUUCAGUGUCCUACUUGUAUGAAAGGAGCCUGGUCACUAGUAGAAGUGCUUAUCAGGUCUUGCCUUUUCAAUGAAAGCUUUUGUCAUCGAAUUUCAGAAAAUAUUGGUUCUAAGGUACUCCACCUUACACUGCUCAAAUUUUUCUUCAGUUUAGUUGAAAGUGAAGUACGGCAUUUGAGUCAAAAGUUGUAUGACUGGUCAGAUUCUCAGAGUCUGAAAAUAACAGGAAAGGCAAUUCUUCUCGAAAUUUUUUGGUCGGGAAGUGAGACCUCAGGACUUUUGACAAAACCAGUAAAUAUGCUUUUGGAGUGGACUAUCUAUUCUCACAAGGAAAAAUGCAAGUCUAAUGACGUCUUCAAACAUGAACUAGCUUACUUACUGACUGGAAUUCUUGGAGCAGCAAUAGAUUAUUGGAUCUUUCUUGGUCUUCAGAUGGGUAGAAAUGUGAUGCGACACAUGUCUGAUGACUUAGGAAGUUAUAUUUCCCUGUCAUGUGAUGACUUUUCUUCACAGGAAUUAGAGAUUUUCAUAUGUUCCUUUUCAUCUUCCUGGCUUCAAAUGUUUGUUGCAGAGGCAGUCUUUAAGAAGUUGUGCUUACAACACUCCACCAGUCCUUCUUCUGAGCCACUCUCUCUCCAGAAAAUAGUAUAUUCCUAUUUGCCAGCUUUGGGGAAAGCUGGCAUGCACGGGCCUGGUAAAAUACAGAUUUCAAAGAAAAUAGGUCAGCGGCCCUGCCCCGAAUCUCAGAGAGCAUUACUAAUGCUGAAUGGCGCUAAGCAGAAGCGAGUGGAGGGACUGCCUGAGAUACCAGAACUGAACCUUGCUAAAUGUUCUUCAUCAUUGAAGAAGUUGAAAAAGAAAUCAGAAGGAGAAUUGUCAUGUUCCAAGGAGAACUGCCCCUCUUUACUUACAAAGAUGAAUUUUCAUAAGACUAAUCUAAAAGGAGAAACAGCCCUGCAUAGAGCUUGCAUAAAUAACCAAGUGGAGAAAUUGAUUAUUCUUCUCUCUUUGCCAGGAAUAGACAUCAAUGUAAAAGACAAUGCUGGCUGGACGCCUUUGCAUGAAGCCUGUAACUAUGGCAACACAGUGUGUGUCCAGGAAAUUUUGCAACGUUGUCCAGAGGUAGAUCUGCUCACUCAAGUGGACGGGGUGACCCCUUUGCAUGAUGCGCUGUCAAACGGACAUGUAGAAAUUGGCAAGCUGCUCCUUCAGCACGGGGGCCCAGUGCUUUUGCAGCAGAGAAACUCUAAGGGGGAAUUGCCCCUGGAUUACGUAGUUUCACCUCAAAUCAAGGAAGAACUGUUUGCUAUAACCAAUAUAGAAGAUACAGUGGACAAUUUUUAUGCUCAGACAGAGAAACAUUUUUAUCACCAGCAACUUGAAUUUGGUUCAUUUUUACUUAGUAGGAUGUUGCUAAAUUUUUGUUCCAUUUUUGAUUUAUCUUCAGAGUUAAUCUUAGCUUUCAAAGGGUUAACUCACUUAAAUGAGCUGCUUGUAGCUUGUAAAAGUUAUAAAGAUACCACGAGUGUUCAUACUGAUUGGUUAUUGGAUCUUUAUGCUAGAAAUAUAAAGACACUGCAGAAGCUCCCAAAUAUUCUUAAGGAACUACCUGAGAAUUUGAAAGUGUGUCACGGAGUACAUACUGAGGCCUUAUUGGUGACACUGGAAAUGAUGUGUCGGUCAGUCACAGAGUUUUCAUGAUGAUGCCAAGAUAUAUGAGUCAUACAUAUAAACAUGUUCCUUUCAUUUUGUCAAAUAGUAUAGGCAUUGUAGAUCACUGACAAGUAUUAACUGUUUUAUUCACCAACAGACUUUGCAGCCUUACACUCAAAAGCACUUAAGAGAACUUCUGCAGAACUCAAGUAUGGUCUUCUGCCUGUGUGUACAACUUGACUCAGAAGUUAAAACUACUUUUUUGUUUAGAUACAACUCCUUUUAUUAAUCUUGAAUGUUUUGUUCUAAAAAUUAUUUAUUUAUGUUGUAUAUGUAAAAAAAUAAUUUAAAUAUUUUUUCAAAUCAAAAUGUUAUGUUCUCUAUUCUAAGGUGUUUCAGGUCUUAAAUCAUGGCAAAGAUACUCUUACAAAUGUGCAACUUUACACUUGUAACUCCUAUUUCUUCUUUAUAUGUUAAUGACUAAAAAUGCAUUUUAGAUUUUGUCUUUCUAAAAUAAACAUUUCUAAAAUUUAAAGUAAUAUUUAAUAUUCUGUGUUUUUAAAUUCAGUUAUUAUCAAAAUCUGACAAUUCUGUUCAGUUUUAGCAGCUCAUGUGUAAAGUGUAUUACUGCUCCAUGAAAUCAGUAUUCUAAGUGAAACCAUUUUGUUGCAUAAUAAGUUUGAUUAAAUGUUACGAUUACAUGUGGCACCUGAGUAAUAGAUUUGAGACUAUCUAAAAUUUUAAUGUGCACUAUAAGUUUUCAGAAUAAUAAUGUUUCAAUUUUCAGUUUUAUCAAUUUAUAGUUAACCUAAAAGACAGUGUGGAUAAUAGCUACUUUUGAAAUUGGAGUUGCUUCACUGGUGGGAAUAAGUUACAUUGUGAUAUAGCUGGGAAAGAAAUGCUAAAACUUCAUUUAGCUCUUAUGUAACUAGAGUUCUAAUCUCAUAGCACUUAAUCUGCUAAAGACUUCAACUGUAUCCUACAAAUGAGUCUUUUAACAAGUUGCAAAUGCUCAGUAUCUUAUUACUGAUAUAUAAUCUAAAUUGAAAACUGCUACAUUACUAUAUUAGCUCUGAAUAAAACUGCUAUGCCCUUUCUAUGUCAUUAUUUUUUUAUAUACUAUAAGAAUUGUUAGUGUUUGUUUAACACUUCAAAUACGACAUUAUGCAAGUCUGUUAUUUACUUAUCUGCCAAAGUAUCAAAAGACAUGAUAUAGUGGAGAUUAAGGAUACUAAGAUAUCCAUAGGAAAUAAUGUGCUGCCCCAAUGAUCAUUAAAAAAUGCUUCCAUUAUCAGGAGUUAGUUGCCUACAUGCAAAGCUGAUACAGCAGAUUGUUGUGAGUUUGAGUUCAGCCUGGACUAUAACAUAAGACCCUGUCUAGGGAAAAGAAUAGAAAAAGGGAAGGGAAGGGAAAGGAGAGAAACAAAGCCAAAGGGAAGUCGCUUUAUCUCACUUGUGAAGACACCUGGGGUAAUGUCACUGGGUAAACUAACAGAAACUUCAGCCUGGGUUUUCCUAUCAGAAACAAAUUUAACUCUUCCCAGGGUGUUAACAGCUAAAUUGUUUUCUGAGUUUGUUUUUCUUGUCAAAUGGAAAGAAUGUAAGGUUUCUCUUUCAUGAAAAGGAAAGCUAACCUGUCACUUUGACAUCUAAUAAACUCUAAUUCCUACCUCCUCUUAUGGUUAUAAUGAAUUGCUUAAGUAUAAAGAAACAUGGCAACUACUUGUUGGUUCUAAUUCUAAAAUUUAAAAAUAAUAUAUCAUGAGAUAGUAUUUUGUACUUUUAAGAACAAUAAUUUUGUAAAUUAGGUAUCCAUUAAGAAGUAUUCUUUUGAUUGUAACUAUUAGUGAUAUUUCAUAACAGACUGUUCUUUCUCCCACUUUCUACGAGCUCUGCUGACAUGUACUGUGAAGCAUUCAGGUGCCAUUGAAAUUCUGCCUGUUCACACAUUGAAGUCCAGCAUGGCAAAUAUAGGUCACUUUGUUCUGUGGCCUCUUUAACAAUACUAGCAUAUGAAAUGCAUUUAAACCUGCAGUGAAACACUUAAUAUUUCAAUAGUGUUUUUUAUAUUCUUGUAUUGAUGUAUUAGAAAACUGUUGCCUUAAAUCUGUCUUGAAAGUAAAGGAAGAAGUUGUUCUAAAAGUUAAAAAGUUCUGUGUCUCUAGCUGGAGACUUCUCAAAGUUGUUCCUGAAGAUGAAGCUCAGAGUCUUCAUCACGAUGCACAUGAAUUCUGAAAGCAGUUUUCUGAGCUGUGAUUUAUUUUGUUGUUGUUUGCUGGUAAUUCCUUAGAAAGUAAAGAAAAAAAUGUUGAUGUUUCCUAAUAAAUUCUUAGCUUUAUUGUGCAGAAUAAAAUGGACCAAGUGUA